CAACAAGGCCCUGGGAUUAUCUGUGGAAUGGGAAAUAAAAAUAAAACUCUGAAUGAGUCGAGUGACGAUCGACCACCACAACACUGAGUGAAUAUAUAAACAAAUGGAAUGGUUACAAUUGGGAAGUAACUGGCAGCAUGAACUGAUACCCCUGUAUGCUACACAAGAUAUACUCAGCUGAAAAUAAUUUGAGACUGACAUUUCAAAGGGAGAUAUUCAACCAUGGAUUUUAAGGACACUGAGAAGAUAGAUGACAAGCCUGAAAAGAGACGUCUAAAGUGGAAGCCAAUCAGUGGGUUAGAUUGGCCCGGUGAAAACAUGCUGGACGUAUCGUUAAAGAAAAUACACUUACUUGAUGCUGAUAGGAAAGCGUUACUCCACAGACUUGUAUAUAUCGCUAAAUUGGGACAGGAGCUGAACGACAAGAGAGAUGUAGGAAGUUAUUAUGAGAAACAGUUCAAAUACUGGCAGAACCAGUACCAAGGAGAAGGUGUGACAGGAAUAUUAUUGGUGUAUCCCAGUCAUUAUGUCCAUCUCAUUGAGAGUUCACAGGAAGUACUUCUUGCAUUAAUCCGUGAUUUAAAACAAAUUGAAGAUAAAGGUGAAGGAAUGAUAACACAGUCCAAAGUUUUAGUUUACUCUGGGAACGUACCCACAAGACUAUUCAACCAUUGGAAUUCCAGGGUGCUGAAUCUACCGGCAUCCAGACUAGAACUCUAUGAGACCAAUGAGUCUGUUGAAAACCUGGUUCCAGAGUGUUUGACACAAUUACUCAAACUAGGAGCUUUUCUGGCAAAACAACCCAAGAUAUCACUAAAGAAUGUGUUGGAUUCACUGCAUGACAAAGUACCUGAACUUUUAAUCCCACAAGACUUGAUUGGUUAUCUGCUGCAGUCACUGCAGUUAGCUUCACCUGCUGAAUAUUUGACAAAAUAUGAUGUACCAUUUGAUACUGUCUUAGAUAACGAACUUGUGUGGCCUUUGCCCACAAAAACCUUUCCUUUGCAGUAACAGAAUAAACUUACAUGCCUUACUAUCACAAA